CGAGGGUUUUGGCAGAUCCGAGAGCAAAGAUGUCCGCCGAUGCGAUACAGAAGGAUAUUUUUAGUCGGUCGGUCGGCCGUGUUUGUGAGUAAAUAGCAGCUGAAUGCGCAGCACGAGUCUGUGACAUUGUGCUGAGCGUGCGAAGAGCGUAAUCUUGUCAUUGGAUCGAAAGGAGCCGCAAGGAUGGGUCUCUUCCCGACUUCCUCGCCUUUCGACGCUGACGUCGAAAAAGCAACUAAUGAGAACAAUGUAACGGAAGAAUGGGGAAAGAUAAUGGAUAUCUGUGACAAAGUAGGCACCUCCAGUCAGAAUGCUAAGGAAUGUUUACGUUCCAUUGUUAAGAGAUUAUACUGUCAAGAUCCACAUGUCGUCAUGCAAGCUAUAACAUUAUUAGAUGCUUGCGCCAGUAAUUGUGGAAAGAUUUUCCAUUUGGAAAUUGCGUCCAGAGAUUUUGAAAAUGAUUUGAGAAAACUCAUUAAUCAUCCUCAACCAAAAAUAGUAGAGAAAAUCAAAGCGCUUUUGAAGAAAUGGGUAGAAGGAGACUUCAAAGCAGAUCCACAACUGAAUCUGAUACCAAGUUUAUAUAAUAAACUCAAAAGUGAAGGCCAUGACUUUUCUUCUGUCUCAGAUACACCAAAACGUACUAGUGUUCUGAGCAGAGAUCCUAAUGUAGUAACAAAUUCACAAGAAGAAGCAGAUAUUGCGAGAGCAAUACAACUUUCAUUACAAGAAAAUAAAGCACAUACUCAAAGCACGUCAUCGCAUAGCUCACCAGCUUCUAAAAAGAGUACUAGUUUAUAUCCAAGUGUGAAUUCCGUGCUUGCAUCUACAAGUACUUCAGAAGGUAGAAAAGUACGCGCUUUGUAUGAUUUUGAAGCUGCAGAAGAUAACGAACUGACAUUUUUAGCAGGAGAAAUAAUUAAUAUUUUGGACGAUUCAGAUCCAAAUUGGUGGAAGGGUAGCAAUCAAAGAGGCGAAGGGCUCUUUCCUUCCAAUUUUGUUACUGCUGAUUUAUCUGUUGAACCAGAAGAAUUUACUAAAUUAGAACAUAGUAAUAAGAAGUUAGUGCAAUUUGCGGAAGAAGUAGAAGUAAAAAUGGUAAAACGCGAGCCAGAAGUGGUAGAAGUUGAAAUAGAUGAAAAGAAAAUGGAUAGAUUAUUACAUUUGCUUCACGAAGCUGACCCGCAAUGUGAUACAUCCGAUCCUCAGGAAAUGCUUGAUUUAGAAGAACAAGUUACUGCAAUGGGGCCUCUGAUCGACGCAGCUUUGGAAAAGGUAGAUAGGCGGCAUGCGCAGCUCACUCAAUUAAGUUCUGAUUUGGUCGACGCUCUUAAUUUGUAUCAUACUUUGAUGAGAGAACCCGCGCCUCCAACGCCGUCUGGUUAUACUUUGCCCAAAAUGCAACCACAUAUAAAUCCUUAUUCAUUCCACAAUCCGGGACCACCACCACCACAUAUGUUUAACGGUAUGCCGCCUUCUCCAUUCCCCGCCGGUUCAGGUCCGGUGGGGCCGUAUAACACGAGUUUGCCGAACAACGAGUAUAUGGGUCCUACUAGUAUACCAAGCAUGGCUUUGCCACAACAUUUUCACGUUCAAUCGGGACCUCAUCAACAUCCUCCUGGACAUCCACAGGGGCCAUCUCUGCCACCGCCCGAUCAAACUAGCCUUUCUUAUCAACAACAAGGCAGAUAUCCAUCUCAGAGUGGCCCAGCACCAGGGCCUUAUGGUCCACCUGGGCCUACAGGACCGUCUGUAAACCAACAAUCGCAAUAUGCUCCUCCAAAUGGACAACACAUGAUGUAAAGCAAAAUUAUGCGUUAUGCAUUCAUCUUGUACUCUAACUCAAGCUCUGUACAAUAUAUAUUAUUAUAAUUAUUUAAAUAAACAUACCCAAAGUAGCCAAAGAUAAUGGGUUUUUAAUAAAAAUUUUAUGUUUAAAUCUACAUAGGCACUAUUGUUUGAGUGCAUAUAUGCGAUAAGAAAAAGCAAAAGCAGAAAGUGACUUACAUUGUCUACAUCACAUAUAUAUUAGUUUUGUGAUUAUUAAAUAUUUAUU